UGUCAAACAUUCAGUACCCUUGAAGUGAACACAUAUUCAGUUCAAUCGACUCAAUCGUUUUGCAACAUAGCCAAGAGCACCUAAACCGAUACAAACACAUUCGAGAUGCCGCCGUGCACUUUGCGCCAGAGAGGUAUGGCCUAUAUACCGCGUCGCGACAAAAAUCGGGAGAAGGAUGUAUUGGCCCCUAAGCCAGUGCAUCCGCGCUCCUUGCGCUUUCAUGGAUUCUUCGGCAUGUCGUAUGUCCACCAACAUGUGAUGGUCGAUGAGCGAUGGACCCCCAACUCGUUGACCGAACAGUUCAAGGGAAUGACCGACUUGUUGACGCGUCGACUGGUGUUCAAGAAUCACGAGUCGAAGGCCAAUCGCCAGAGGUAUUUUCGCGAGAACAAGCGUCUGAAACUGCAAUGUCGCGAUGGCCGAACGAAAUUGCAGAAUAUUCUGGUCAACGACAACACCCACAAGAUUCGCAACUUUCUCAUCAACCACAAGGAUAUGCAGCGUCUAUACCAGAAGAUGCCAAUUCACCUUGUGGUGGACAACAUCAACCAGCGAACCUUUGUGAUGAGGAAGGAGCGGGAUCGCCUGGAGUUUCGUCUAGAUCAGUUAAAGCAGCACUACAAGGAACAGCUGUUGCGGCGCGCACUUUUGCAGAAUCGCAUCAAAUAUCAAAACGAAUUUAUUCUCGACGAGGAGCUCAAGUCACGGGUGUUCCUCAAGAAGAUCGAGAACUCGAAUGUGCGCCUAAAGGCCAUCAAGACCAUCAACAAUACGUACAAGAAGAUGAUUCAGGUGCUGGUCCAUGACGAGAUAUUUUACGAGCCUAUCUUGCGAUCGCUCAGCAGUGACAUGGAUGACCAGUCGAACUUCAUCAAGCACAUCCUGUUCCUGGGCAUGCCGGCCAUAGCGAAGUUCAAGGAACUAAACGAUGAGUUCAGGAACAUGGAGGACAAGUCCCGCAAGAAUCUGCAGGCCAAAUUGCAAAUGCUGGCCUCCCUGAAGAAGCCAGGGGGCACAUCGAUCGUUAAUUUCAACAAGCCCAAGGAGGCGCCUCCGACCACGAAUCUGAAGCGGUAUGUUCGCGAGACCCAGAGUAUGAUGAUCUUAAAACUAGAGCUCAAGGCUGUGGAGAAGACUAUCAAAGAGGUCAAGUUUGUGACUCUGUGUUCCCAGGCUAAGGAAAUCUAUCCACGAAUGAAGAGUCAGGUGGACAACAACGACAAGCUGCAUCGCAUGAUUGUCAACGAUAUGUUGGCUCACGAAAUGCUGGAAACUAAGAUGAAGUGCGCCAGUGUUUUGAAGGGGGUGCUGGUAAACAAUCUGUCAGAGGAAGAGAUCAAUCGUCUGGAACGCAUAAAGGAACUAAAGAAAACGUUGCAGAAAGAUGUUCAAUUCGAACAGGAUACUUUGCAGCAUCUUAAAAAUAGAGCUGAUGCAUAUGUUAUGCUAAGAGUGAGCAUAUGGAAUCUGUUGGAAAUUCUCCGCCAUGUUGAUCGCCAGCCCAAAUUGCUACGUGCCCAGUAUCCCAACUCGUACUUGAAGCUGCCGCUGCUUAAAUUUGAAAUGCUGAACAUGCGGGCCGCUGCUCCUGAGAUUUUCGAAGAGAACAUUGACAACAUAAUGCAUAUGGUGAAGCGCAAGAUCUACAAGCUGAUGAAGGCCUAUACAGUUGAGUUGAAGCCGGCAACCAUCAAGCGAAAUUGCGAGGAGUACCAUGCCGAUUUCUUGGCCAGCCUGGACAUGUACGAGCCCGUGGACACCGAAGAGCAGGCGCCAACAGCUCCCGAGGACGAUAUCCUGCAGGAGAACAAGACCAUGGCGAAUGUGCCCAAUCGCAAACAGAUCAAGGCCCAAAGUGCCAAGCUCGUCGAGGAGCUGGCCAAGCGGGAUGAAAUGUAAAUGAUUCGAUUCGAUAAGUAUUUGUGUUAAAAAGCUAUCUUAAA